AGUUAUCCGGCUGCACGGCCGUAGGACUCUGGUGUUGGAUGGCACCCGGCCUGUGCGUGUUUCUGGAACAGCUUUCAUCAGAAAGACUUCACUCCUUCAGUCUGCACAGCCCUCAGAAUGAAUUCCACAGUGAAUGUGAGCGAUGAGCAUACUGCUCAUGACUUCAUGUUUACGUCCGAAUCUGUGGGAGAGGGACAUCCUGAUAAGAUAUGUGACCAGAUCAGUGAUGCUGUGCUGGACGCUCACCUGAGGCAAGACCCUGAUGCUAAGGUGGCUUGUGAGACGGUGUGUAAGACGGGCAUGGUGCUGCUCUGUGGGGAGAUCACGUCUCGAGCCAACGUGGACUACCAGAGAGUGGUGAGAGAAGUCAUCCAGCAUAUUGGUUACGAUGACUCGCAGAAAGGAUUUGACUAUAAGACCUGUAACGUGCUGGUAGCCCUGGAGCAGCAGUCACCUGACAUCGCUCAGGGAGUUCAUAUCGAUCGCACGGAGAGCGAAAUCGGAGCUGGAGACCAGGGUCUGAUGUUUGGAUACGCCACAGAUGAGACAGAGGAGUGCAUGCCCCUCACCAUAGUCCUCGCCCACAAACUCAACGCUAAGAUGGCCGAGCUGAGACGAAAUGGGACGGUCCCCUGGCUCCGCCCAGACUCAAAGACACAGGUAACAGUUCAUUACGCCCAGGAAAAUGGUGCUGUGAUCCCCAAAAGAGUGCACACUGUGGUGAUCUCCGUGCAGCACGAUGAUAACGUGUGUGUGGAGGAGCAGAAGAAGGUGCUGAAGGAAAAGGUCAUCAAAGCCGUGGUGCCUUCACGCUACCUGGACGAGGACACCAUCUAUCACCUGCAGCCCAGCGGACGCUUUGUGAUUGGAGGGCCGCAGGGUGAUGCAGGAGUGACGGGCAGGAAAGUCAUCGUGGACACGUACGGUGGUUGGGGGGCCCACGGGGGCGGAGCUUUCUCUGGAAAGGACUACACCAAGGUGGACCGCUCGGCCGCCUACGCUGCACGCUGGGUGGCAAAAUCUCUGGUGAAGGCCCAGCUGUGCAGGCGGGUACUGGUGCAGGUGGCGUAUGCGAUUGGAGUGGCCCACCCACUCUCCAUCUCCCUGUUCACCUACGGCUCCUCUCCAAAGAGCGAGAAGGAGCUUCUGCAGAUCGUCAAUAAAAACUUUGACCUCAGACCUGGAGUCAUAGUCAGAGACCUGGACCUAAAGAGACCAAUCUACCAGAAGACGGCAUGCUACGGACACUUUGGCAGGAAGGAGUUUCCCUGGGAGGUCCCGAAGAACCUCAACUUCUAGUGUGUGUGUGUGUGUGUGUGUGUGUGUGUGUGUGUGUGUGUGUGUGGUGGAGUCCAUAUGGCCUUUGUUCAUUGCUCUGAGUCUGAGGUGUGGGUGGGUCAGAGGUGUUCCAGCUGUCGGCGACAAAGUCCCUAAAUGACAACUGUGAAGCAUGAGAGAUAUUUACACUUUAAAUCUAAACUGUUAAAGAAAAAAAUAAACCGAGUGGAUGACCAAAUUUUAAAGGAGAAAAACCGUGCAUGGGUCAUGUCUCAAGCGUUUCAGUGAGUUUUUGAAGAGCCUGUGGGGAUUCUGCACAUGUUUGAGGUUUUCUCGUGCUCUUUUAUGACUAUUUCAAUGACAAACUCUGACAGUCAGCUAAACCUCUUUGAAUAAUUUUUAUCACAAGCGUCUCAGUUUUGCCUGGAUAAAAAUGAACUUCCAUCCACCCAAUUAAGGGUCACUGGGGGGCUGGAGCCUUUUCCAGCUACUAUAGGGCGAGAAGCACGGACAACACAUUGAACUCACAUUCACAUCUAUAGACAAAUCAGAGUCACCACGUAACCCAACUCUACUACCUGCAUGUCUUUGGACUGUGGGAGAACGCCGCAGUAUGCAGAGAGAA